UUUCUAUAUUCUGAUUGGCCAAUAUUUUCCUCGGGCGACAGGUCUGGACUUUGGACCAAUCAUAAUGAGGGAGGCGGGGUUUAAUGAAUAUGGGUGUGAAAGACAAACGCUGCUAAUUCUGCGAGAAAGCUGAGCAGCCAACUUAGAAACGAACUUAUUAUUUCUUAUAUAGAUCAGUACAUUUGUAGUUUGUUUGGCAUUGAGAGUGAAUUUGUUGUGUUUUCCAUAUUGCCGCUACAAAGUACUGGUAGUUAAAUGGAUAAACAUGAUUCUGUGUAGAAAAAUUAAGUAAUUAGCAUUCAGAAGCUAGCUCACAACCGGGAGUGGGAGAUCUGCAGCUACACUGGGUGAGACGACGGCAGCAGAAUGACCGAGUAUAAGCUGGUGGUGGUGGGAGCAGGUGGUGUGGGGAAGAGUGCGCUAACCAUCCAGCUCAUCCAGAAUCAUUUUGUGGAUGAAUACGACCCAACAAUAGAGGACUCCUACAGGAAGCAGGUGGUGAUCGACGGAGAGACGUGCUUGCUGGACAUCCUGGACACAGCCGGACAGGAGGAGUACAGCGCCAUGAGAGACCAGUACAUGAGGACUGGCGAGGGCUUCCUAUGCGUGUUUGCCAUCAACAACACCAAGUCUUUCGCCGAUGUGCAUCUGUACCGGGAGCAAAUCAAGCGAGUGAAGGACUCUGAUGACGUUCCCAUGGUUCUGGUUGGAAACAAAUGUGAUUUGGCCAGAACUGUCGACACCAAGCAGGCCCAGGAACUAGCCAGGAGCUACGGCAUUGAAUUUGUAGAAACGUCAGCCAAAACUAGACAGGGAGUUGAAGAUGCUUUUUACACCCUGGUUCGGGAGAUCCGUCAUUAUCGCAUGAAGAAACUCAACAGCAGGGAGGACAGGAAACAGGGCUGUCUCGGAGUCUCCUGUGAAGUCAUGUGAUCAGGAACACCACCGCCUCUCCAGAGAUUCCUCGCAAGCUCAUCGGCCAGCAGCUAAAAAAACUCGAUGCCCACUCACUUGUGACUGAAACGCUUUGUGAUGGGGUUCAAAUCUUUUUCACUUUUUAAUCUUGUGGCCUGAAAUCAACCUCGAAGGUGGAGUUUUCUAGCGUCGUGGCCCGAGCUGGCUGAAAGGGAUCAUUUCAAACGUGCUCACUGUGUAGACUGUUGUGUUGGCCUGCUGAGAUGGACACGAGGAGCUCAAUUCAAGACCUUUUGGCCUCUGCGUUUAUCUCAUUAAGUAAUUAAGCGAUGAAAUCUUGCAUCUUUCCCUGUUUAAAUUUUACCUGAAUAUAAUCUGUAACUUCAGUACUCAGGAAUACUGUGAAGGGUUUUUUUU